AAAGAUAGCACGUUGGCUCAUUUUCAUAAACACCUUUCGAAAAUGGCUGCUGCUGCCAUUUCAGCUCUCCAUCUUCUUCCUACCUCCAAAAUCUUCUUUGCUCAUGCACCCAACUGUUCUUUUCCUUCUCUCAAUGUCCCCACCUCACCCUACAAAUCCUUUAAAUCUAAAUCCCUUAGAAUAAUCUCAUUUUCGCUCGCACAAUCAUCCGACUCCCCAAAUUCUGACCCUCGAAUUCUCCUCGAAGAACUUGCGGAUUGUUUUGCUCUUCCAGAUGAUUAUUUUCGCCAAUUACCAAAGGAUCUUCGGCUGGACCUGAAUGAUGCAGCCUUUGAUCUUUCAAACGGUGCUGUAAAAGAUGAGAUAGUGAAUAGGAAGAAUCGCCAAAAAUACACCCAACGCCAGUGUGGCGAAGAGUUAGGUGAGACAUUGUUAAACAUAAGUCGAGCAUGGGAACUUGCUGACACAUCAACUUCAGCAAACUUAAUGAGCAAGCUCCCGCUGUUUGUGGGUUUGCUCCCUAAUAACAAUAAAUCCGGCAAGCAUUCAAAUUAUACCCAUGAUUGGUUUGGUUUGGUUUGGACUAGUUCUUAUGAUUUUUAUUUUUCUUGGCAAUUAGCACUCGGAAAGCGUUUGGUUUCUGCAUCUAGGAGGUUCCAGUCAAUGGGUCAGUAUGGUCAAGGUGAACUACAAACGAUUGCUAAAGUGAUGAACAAGAAUGGAAAGCUAUUGGCUGCAAAUCUAGUUACGGAGGCAGCUAAUGGGGAAGCAAAGCCUGAAACCAGGGUUCUAAAGUUUGGCGAGCUUCAGGUUGAAUUGACUCCGGGAAAGGCAUAUGUUGGUGCUCUGAUUGGCUUUAUUUUCGGGGUACUUUCAUGGCAAGUAAGUCAAGGCAUCCAAAGCAUACCCGAGAGCUCACUGGAGUAUGCGAAUGAUAAUGCAUUACUUCUUGCAAAGUCCCUGCGUGGAGCUCUCUUGGCGCUUUUCUAUUCAUCUACAGUUUUGUCUGCUUUCGCGGCUGUAGGGCUUAUCCUACUUGGAGGACAGUUAAAGUCAAAAGGAGAGCUCACGUUUAACAGGUCUUACCCGAGGCUCCUUGUCCAGCUCAUCCCAACCACCGAAAUCAAAUUGACUCCUAUUCCCAUUUCCCCACGAUUUAGUGUGUCAGCUGCUAUAGAAAGUGCUGACUGGGCAAGAGGUAGAGCAAUGGCCAUGAUAAUCGAGUUGGGUCCUGUCCCCAGCACCAAUGAGGCAAUUACAGCUGGAAUCAUCCANAGGAACCCAAUCAAACCCAAUGGAAGCUUCGAGUACCCCAAACCUUUCAUCUUCUUCGUCGUCGUCUACAUCAAAAUCAUCAGACCACCAUUUCCUCUGCUUCGUGGAGGUCCGGAACUCACGCUCAUCCUCUUCAUAGUAAUCGUCCGUCGGAUAAGCAUCGCUGAAUCUGGACCGUCGAUUGGGGUCUAUGUCUUUGCCCCAGUUCCUGCGCGACUCGCCUGUCCGGCCUCCGGCGAAACGCCGGUGCAGAUGAGAUUUAGUAUAAGUGUUAUCAUCAAUAACGAAUCUGCGUAUUACGAGAAAUCGUGUUUUUUGAUGCAAAUUCUGUUAUCUUUCCUCAAAACCCUAUCAUCUCCCCCUCUCAAUUUGUUGCCCAAAACCUCGCCAACUUCUACUACUCUUUUCCGGUUUGUUCCCUGCCUUCGUUCAUACAAAUCUGAUUCAAACUCCGGCGAUUCUGUCAUAUUCCGGAUGGCAUCGUCGGCAACAGUGAAGUUGCCGGCGCCGCUGAUUGAAGAUGGCCUUGGUAGCAGAUUUUGGAUCAAGUUCAAAAAGGAGUGGACACAAGCGCUUUAUACACCAUUUAUGGUCUGUUUGGCUGCCGGAACUCUCAAACUCGAGGCAUUUCGCCAUUAUAUCGCGCAGGACGUAUAUUUCCUUCGUGCCUUUGCAAAAGCGUAUGAACUGGCUGAGGAGUUUGCAGACGACGAUGAUGCAAAAGUUGGAAUAUAUGAACUGCGGAAAAGUGUUCUUGAGGAGCUGAAAAUGCAUAAUUCAUAUGUGCAAGAAUGGGGUUUUGAGUUACCCAAAGAGAAUACUCCAAAUGUUGCAACAAAUAAGUAUACUGAUUUUUUGCUAGCCACAGCAUCCGGAAAGGUUGAAGGAGUAAAAGCUCUUGGUAAACUAGAUACUCCAUUUGAAAAAACAAAAUUGGCGGCAUAUACUCUUGGUGCUAUGACUCCUUGUAUGAGGCUUUAUGCCUUCUUGGGAAAGGAGUUGCAGGCAUUUCUUGACUUCAAUGAAGGUGUUCACCCAUAUCGAAAAUGGAUCGACACUUAUUCAUCUGAUGCUUUUCAGGCUUCAGCUUUGCAAACAGAGGACCUGCUGGACAAGUUGAGUGUGUCUUUGACCGGCGAAGAACUUGAUGUUAUUGAAAAGCUUUAUAAUCAAGCUAUGAAACUGGAAAUAGAAUUUUUCCUAGCCCAGCCACUUUCUCAGAAAACUGUUGUUCCUCUAUGCAAAGAGCACAAUCCAGCAGAACAUUGUCUCAUGCUGUUUUCCGAUUUUGAUUUGACAUGCACUGUUGUGGAUUCAUCUGCUAUCCUGGCGGAAAUAGCUAUUCUAACUGCUCCAAAAUCUGAUCAAAGUCAAUCAGCUAAUCAACUUGUUCGAAUGUCUUCCAUCGAUCUAAGAAGUACAUGGGCAGAACUUUCUAAGCAGUAUACUGAAGAGUAUGAGCAUUGCAUAGAAAGUGCCUUGCUUCCAAGAGAAGGGGGCAAUUUUGAUUAUGAAGGGCUCUGUAAAGCACUUCAGCAUCUUUCCGAUUUUGAGAAAAAGGCAAACUUGAGGGUGAUUGAUUCUGGGGUACUUAAAGGUCUGAGUCUUGAUGACAUAAGGAGAGCUGGAGAACGUCUCAUUCUCCAAGAUGGCUGCAAAGAUUUCUUUUCAAGUGUUGUUAGGAAUGAAGACUUGAACACAUGCAUUCAUGUCCUAUCCUAUUGCUGGUGUGGUGAUCUCAUCAGAUCUGCCUUCUCCUCAGGUGGAUUAAACCCCGUGACUGUUCAUGCAAACGAGUUCAUCUACGAAAACUUUGUAUCCACGGGCGAAAUUGUCAAGAAGGUCGAGUCUCCAAUUGAUAAAGUUGAAGCUUUUACUGACAUCAUAAAGAACAGCGCCAAGGAUGGGAAGAUUCUGAGUGUAUAUAUAGGAGAUUCAGUUGGUGACUUGCUGUGCUUGCUCGAAGCUGACGUUGGUGUGGUUGACAAACAGAAACAGUUGACAGAAGGUAGGUCUUGUAGUUGGAAGGCUCUCACUGGUGUCUUAUAUACAGUAUCUAGUUGGGCCGAGAUCCAUGCUUUUAUUCUGGGUUCAUAG